CGAUUCUUGGCCCUCCUAAACAACUGUGACCAGUCAGCUUUCGAGGACAUCCUUUUCGAGACAGUGCGGUGGUACGCUUCCGUGGUUUGCUCCGCCCAGAUUUACCGAGCUUCCGACGACGAGUCAUUUGUUGAACCUGCUGCAGAAACUGGCAGUAGGCCCAACGAAGCUGAGUACAUCAAGUUAGAACGGUCCCUGUUCGCAGCAUUCGAGGCUUUCAUAGCUGAAGAGGAGGAGCCUAGUUCAGAAACAUUGGCUUCUCUUGAGAAGCGUUUGAAUGCUUUGACUCCAGAUGGGAAUGUCAUUUGCGGCCAUAUAUUCCAACAACAUGAACCUACUUACUCUUGCAGGGACUGCGCCAUGGAUUCCACUUGCGUUUUGUGCCGACCCUGUUUUUUCAACAGUAUACAUGUGAAGCACAAUUACAAGAUGCACACAUCCAGUGGUGGUGGCUAUUGUGACUGUGGGGACUUGGAAGCCUGGCGAUCUGGGGCAGCCUGUUCCGACCAUCAGCCUGCCAAAUCGGGUGAUGAUGCGGGUAGCACAACCGAAGCAGAGGAUGCAGCCAGUUCGGUUGAGGAAGAACUCCAAUCGGAACUAAAUAAACUGCGUGACCACAUUGAAAGCCUUCCGUCAAGUUUGGUUUUGCGGACUGUGAGGCUUUUAAAACCAUUGGUCAGCAGUGCUGUGGUUUGCUUGAACGAUUUGCUUCAGGGUUCGCGUCCCAUUACAACGCUGCCGCUUAGCCACCGUCCGGGGAGUUCUGACCUGCAAGAAACGUUGGUUUCCUUAUUGGACGUUUUAGAAGAUUGGCGUCUCUCUUUCGAUGAUUCGGAGAAGAAAUCCGUUGUUCAAUCUGUUGUUGAUUUAUGGUCCAACGAUGACUGUGUGGUGAACGAAGCGGCUGAUAGCCCUGACGUUUGGGAUGAAUGGCCUCCACCCAUCACUCACGUUCCUCUAGUACUGCCUUCAAUGGAUGCAAGUGAACUGGAUGAAGAUUCGUGGCCUCGGACCGCGCCCAAACGUCGUACAGCAGUGGACGUGGAAGCUCGCGGUUUGGCCCAACUUGCCCGAGCCCGUCGGCUACACCCCCAGCUAUUCCCUCCGCGCCCCACCCGAACAGCCUCCGAUCGAACCGCUGCCUCCCAUGCUUUCGUUGUGAUCAAGACAUUGCGCAGAGUGAUGGGUUGUUCCACACAACAGGCUACGUAUCAUGCAAUUGUGGUCAAUCGUGAUGGACGCAGCGUGUUGCAAACUGGCUUGAGUGUUAGUCAAGCAGCCAAAACUGCUGCUGCUCUUAUGCGUACCUCAUCCAGUCUAUCCAACCGUCCACUUCAUUGUUCUUGUGAACAUGCCGACGUCUACAACAUGGCUAUGUUUUUCACCCUAUUUCUGCGUUGGUUGGUCCACCUGAGUGAACAGGUUCCGAGUUUAAGACCAGUUAUCUGUCACACCCUUUUGGGAUUGUUCCAUUCGGACAGUUCUGAUACGUCGAGUUCCCAACCGGUUCUCCCAAUUGUGCCGCACGGUGAAAUGAUGCAGCCUCAUUCGUGGUUAGCCGCGACUUUAGAACGACAUUGUCUUACCUGGCGUGCUGUUCGGUCGGAAACGUUACGCGUGAUCAUGAGUGUACUACUUCGGGAACCCUUCUUUCGUCGCGUGUUUGCCAUCCAGUUUACUCGGUCAUACGCCAAGCUGUUACAACAAUAUGUCUACGAUGACCAUACGGAAACGGACAACCUGCUCGCCCUUAGUUGUCAGGUGUUCACUGUAAUCAGUCUGGCACGACAACUUCUGGAGCACAACAGCGUGUUGGUCCGUGUCAUAUCAAGACUUGAGGCUGCCUUCGACACCAAUUCAGAUGUACUACCGGACUUCUACGUCCAGCCCAGUGGACAGAGUACAGCUUCCGAUGCGAAUGGAGAAAAUCCAGGAACUCCACAAAGCAAUGCAACAAGUUCAGACUCCUCUUGUUUCCAAUUCCUCAUUGACACACUACGACGCGCGAACCCAUUUGAAUGGGGCUCUUCUCAAACCUUACAGUCAGCCUCCCCAUCUGAUUCUGCAUCUAUGGACAGCGAUAAUUGCGAGCUUGGGCGGGUACCUCCAGAGCCGCGUGUGCUGGUCUGGCAUCCUGGUUCGACGUUGAAUCGUUCCAGGUUUCAUCCCUUUGAGCGCCUUUUUGAGGUGUUGCGUUGCACUUCAUAUGUUCUUGGUAGUCUGACCAAUGUUCGACCACUUUGUGGAAACCCUCCCCAGUCACCAGGGUGGUGGAAUCCCGCCGGGCGGGGCAACUUCAUCGAGUAUAUCCGUUCAUUCCUCCGUCUACUGGGAUUCGUCCAAGAUAUGAACGGUAUGCAACGCGAGACGCGUGGACAUGUGGAGGAAGAACUGGAGUGGGCCAGUGGAUUCUACAUAAUCGCUGAGUUGAUCAGUGUUUUAGGACUGACUGCGCAGGUCGCCAGUUCGGACUAUACCUUGUUCAAAUCCGUAUUGAGUGAAGCUCGUCAAGCUUUCGAAUAUCGCAUCGGAAUAUUGGAUCGUCGCUUCCGCCUCGAACCUCUGUCGUCCUCAAACGAUGACAAAGCGGCCGUCGGGUCCGAUCGCCGUCCAUCAAACGACUUGGCCUUCCGGUCACUCGGAGUUUCGACCGAGGUUUACGCCUAUGAUGUGGCCACCUAUCGAUUCAGCUUCAUGCAACCUUUACCACGUUUCCUUGCUAGUCUUUAUGGUCACGGCUUGGAAAUGGGCUUUUCGUUUGAAGAUUUGGGUUUGGGGGACAAGGCAUUCGUGAACCUACUGAUCGAACGACCUCUGCAAGCGCUGGCCUUCUACGCACAGUAUAACGCAAAAAUGUGGGUCCGCAACGGCUAUGCCGUACCACAGUCGGUCAACAACAUGUUCACCUCGAACUGGCGUGUGGAGCUGAUCGAUAGGGAUUUGCAACUGCUUCAGAUAGCGGCAGCCAUUCUUCCUCCAGACGAAUUCCUCGCUCGAUUCAUUCACAAGAUGCAACUAAAGGGUUACUUGAAAAGCCAGGCACCUGGCGAACCGGGUCCAGGUCGUGUACAGGCCGUGGAGGUGAUGCUACGCACUCUACUUACCCUGGUUACCGAGCGAUCUCGUCCGAGUGUGGGCUGUUUCUCUCUGGACUACAUAGAAAAAGCCUAUGGCACUAGUACUUCCAUAAAGGAUUGUGUUGUCGAUACGGACUUGGAACUCUAUCACGCUCCGGUUAUUGAUUCCGUGAUUCACACCCUCUGUUUGCGACCAAUGAUCUGCAGCGAACUACUAUCACACUUACCGUAUCAACCUGUGGGUAGCUUACUGCGUGCACCCUUGGGCUCUGCGAUCUGCGCAACAUCCUCCUCGCAUUCUACCUCGAGCGAUAAUGUUCGUCCGGCUUCGAUGUCUCGAAAGGCAAACAAGCAAGCUGUCGAGGAAAUUUUACCUCAAAUUCUACGUCAACUAGCCACUCAGUCUCACGUAAAUGGUCGCGUGGUGUUCACUAUCAAACCCCAAGUCAUCGCUUCUAGAUUUAACCGUUUCUAUUCGGGCUACCGCCAUGCUGAACAGACCGCGGCUGAGACCUAUGUGUCAAAAUCAUUGAAGAUUUGGCUUCAGUCCGCCAGCAGGCCCCCGAACGAUCCGAACUUUCCAGAGAACCUUCCCAUUCCCCCUCCGAGUCCACGCCCAUUACGCACUUUCCUACCUCACAUGGCUCCCGGCAUAUUGGGUCUGGUUCGGUGCGAGACAUUUGUGCGCCUGCUCCGCACCCUAUUGAAUAUCACACUGGCUCAUGGAACUAGCACUGUAUGGUGGUCAGACACUUUGUUGGAUCUGAUUCUGCACUUGAUUUCUGUGGCACUGUACGAGGAUGAAUACGAAUAUAGCAAAACCGGUUGUUUUCCCUUCUUGGACGCUGUUUCUCGCGUUCCUUCGCAUUGGGAAUCCGAGGAAGAGUUAGAACAGCUGGCACGCAGUCGUCACUGGUUGAAUGCCCCAGCUUCCAAUCCUUCGACAGACUAUCCGGAGCAAAACUGUUUGACUCAAUGUCUGGUGAAGUUACUUCAAAGUGGACGUCAUGAGGAACAGGUGGAAUUGAUUCAAUGGACUUUAAAUCACUGGAAUAAGGUCGUCCAGUUGCGUCGACAGGCACAUGCAACCAGUACCCAGUCAGUUGCUCCUGGCGAAGCACCAGAAACUUUGCCGUUGACACCUGCUCUCUCCUCCGUUGCUGCGAUUCGUCAGACACGUGCGGAACUCGCAAAGGCACGCCGUGCCAGAAUCAUGGCUCAUAUGUCCAAUAUGCAACAAACAUUUAUGAGUGCUUAUAACAAACCCACCGAUGAAAACUCACAGAACGAACCCAUGGAUGUAGAUGCAGACACGGAAACUCUUACUGCCGACGUGGAGUCUCUGAUGCCAACGGCAGACUCUCUAGAGAUACAACCAGCUUUGGGACCAAAACGUCUGAUUUCCUCUCUGACACCUGCAGAAGGGGUUGGAACGACAAUAACCUGCAAUCUUUGUUUGGAAGAAGUGCCUGCAAACGCCUCCAGCCGCAUGGUGAUUGCUGCUCAUGUUUGUCGAACUUCAAUUUUAUCCUCCCAAAACUCCGGUUGGUUGGAAGGUCCCAGCACGUCAGAGAUUGUCAAGCGGCUGUCCAAUCUGCAAAACGAGUCAUUUCCGAAGGAUAAUAUCCAACUCGAUCCCUCGUUCCAGAGUUCUGAAAUUCGGGAUUAUACCGGCGGAAAAUCUUCCGGCCCACUGGAUGCUUUCCUUGCCUCUGUUUCCACUACGGCCGCAGCUGCUCGUGCGGGCACUCCACACGGUGGAUUAACCCUGCUGUCGGAAUUAUCUUGCGGUGCUCCGUCAUCUGAAACGGCAUCGAAUGCUGAUCAACGGGAAGGUACUUCAAAUGCAGAACCGUUCCCGGUUGACAUGUGCAAUUUAGCUACUUUGGAACAAAUCGUCCGUGGCAAAUUUGACAGUUCCGCCAAACGUCCUUUGGACCCUUGGCACCCGCGACCACUUGUCGCUAGUCGUGACCCUAUAGGUGAAGAAGGUUCGUUCAUUUCUUGUUGUUCACACCCGAUGCACGCGGCGUGCAAGUCCAAAUAUGCGCGGCAGUUGAAAGCGCGUGUGGAUCAUAUGAAUCGGCAUCGAUCUUCCACAUGGUUUGUGUUCGAUUUUCGUUGCCCUCUGUGCAAAUCGAUUGCAACCUUAGAUUUGCCCGUUCUCGGACCGCUACAGUCCCUUGUUCCAUGCACAUGGCUUCAGUCCCGUCUGGUUGUAUCCACCAGCGAGCCGGACUCACGACCUACUGUGCGCUUCCAACCGCUCGUCUCUUGGUUAUGUGGACUGCAUCGUUGGUUGGAGCUGUACUCCGGACAAGCUGUUCCAGGAGGUACAACCGAAUAUAAUGGAGGAGAUCGUCGACCUGUGCCGGAUGUUGUCAAGCGUUUCGACUUCAAUCUAGUUCGCUCACUCCUAUGGGACAUGUCAGUUGAGGGACAAAAGUCAUCGGGGACGGAGUUUUCCGAACUGGUAUCUCUUUUACUCAACCGCCUCACCAACAGCCUAUUAAUACAACAAGAUGAACCGACCUCGAGACAGUCACUGCCAAGCCUUGGAGCUUCCACUCUAACAGCAGGGUCAGCAACUGAUGCGGCCCCGACUGCCACCCGUUCGACGCGGCGCUAUUUCUGGCGUGCUCGCCGGUUUCCUCGCAGAUCAUCUACAACUACCGCAGAGCAAAACGCACAGUCUGCAGAAUCAGUCAGUGCUGAGUCGAGUUCGACUGCUUUUACUGCCCUAGAACAUCUGCUUCCUCAUCCGCCAGACCCCCCAGUUGUUUCGACCAGUCUACUUACAAUGGUGCAACGGCUGGCUGAUUUGUGCCAACCAAAGCCCACUGACGCCUUGGUACAGCGCUCAGCGCGUCGAACCGCUACGGAUAUCUUGCUGGGGACUGGCCCCAUAAUGCCGCCUACACCAGUGGACCUAGAAGAGGACGAAGAACCUUUCUUCACUAUCGGAAUAGGCGAGGAUGCAGAGUUUCAGAUUGGCCUACACGCGACUACCUUCAUAGCUGCUGCAAACACACUAUCCAAUACAUCUGCCGACUCAACAGAUCGUCCCAACCACGCUACCAGACAGCGUUCACGCAGUGGUUCUAACAACUGUCCACCUGCUCUGCAUGAAUCUAUUGAUCGAUUCUACUUGGUUCUCAAAAGCUUCUACGAGCGUCUGCAUGCACUUGAUUCACAUCUGCGUGGUGCAUAUGCAACCGCUUCGAAUUCAGACGCACAAUCGAGCAUUGCCACAACAUCGUCGGACGCCAGAAGUGGUAACCAUCACCAUUUGCUAGCCCGGGCUGCUCUUGACUGCGUUUGCACUCGGGCGCGAGACACGAUUCUAUCAGCGGCCUAUGAAUGGCGUGCUCUACGUCACACCAUGGCCUAUACCUUAGUUUCCUCAGAAAGAGCUUUGCGUCAGAACAAUCCUCGGGAGCACUUUUUCAACGGUGGGCUUGCGGAGCGGCGCCUACAUAGUUUGGGUAACGUUAUACAAACUUCUCUAGCUGCCCACAGCCGGCACGCUUUGGUUUCUCGUGGAUGCUAUCCAACUUGCCAACAAGGCGAGGAACACCAAUUCUGCUGGCCUCAACUCCGUGACAGUCCCACCCAGUGGUGGUGGUGGGCUUACUGCGUACCACUUACAGUCUCUUCGUCAGACGAAACAUGUCCUCGAUUGAGUACACCUCCGAGCAUACUUCAUGUAGCUGAGCUUUCUAUGCGCGUUGCGGCCACCGAAGAUGCACGAUACCUGUGGCAUCUCUUGGUACCACAGCUCACCUCAAACGUGUUCAUGCCAGUUCCGUCGGACAACGUUUCUAACGAGGGAGCCCCACCUACUGGCACAGAAUCUGUCGACUCGGGCCCGUGCAUCUCCGAUCGCCUUGUAUCUCCGUCUUUCCAUAAUGGACCAGUUAGUCUAUUGUGGGAGGUGGACAUAACGUUUUUGUUCCUCAGCCUACUCCAUCUUCGACCAGGAUUGGAGGAGGACGGUGUAGUUUCAUGCCAGUGUGAACGUGAUGCGGCAGAACUCACAGCCCAGAUGACUUCAGAGACCGGUCCUGGUGCCUUGGGUCCCACGCUACUGGCCUGUGACCAAGGCAGACCUCGGCAACCUAUAGGAGAUGCACACGACGCUCAUCUUCUUCGUCUGUGUUACACAGCCUUGUUAGUGCAAGCACUUUUGGCAUGGAUGCCUACCGGUGACGAUACGUCCGCGGUAUCCGAGUUGUACCCUCUAUUUGAUGAUGUCCAAAAUCCCAAUUCAAACUUAAGACAUCUUGGUUGGUAUUCUCUGCAGCUUCUUCAGGUUUGGCAGCGUUUGCGGCUAUUGGCCGGUCUACCACCUGUGAAUGGCGUAUCUUCGGACGGUACGGGCAAUGCUUCUCAGUCUCUGAUCCAAUCCUUAAGUCUAUAUUUGCGUGCCAGUUGUUUGCCAUUUCUGCGGAUCGCGGCGUUUGUGAUCCACCAAAUUACCGGAGUUCCCGUUCCCACUUGGCUUCAGCAAUCGGGUGACAGACCGGCAGACCGCCCCGAUGAGUAUCUUACCCUGCUGACCUACCUGGAUCUUCCUCUGGGACCUACAGAUCUCAUGGUCAUUCUGUCUAGUCCUCCUGCAGAGUCAGUUGACAACAGCCUAUCCACGGAAUCCCUGCGAUCAAUGCUGGACGAGCAGAAUGUGUCCACCUUGUCUGAAUCGCUUUGGCUUGCACGUCUCAUCACGAGUUGGUGUCUGGCUGGUCGUGCUGCACUGAGUCGACGUCUUUAUCGUCGUCUGCGUUCUCAUUUUGUUAGUUCUUUUCGUGAUGCUGAAGCUGAUGUGAAGCCCCCUUUCGCUGCGCAACCAUCGCUCGACUGUCCCCUCCUUCCAAAUCCGAAUUUGAGAAUUCCUCGGUUAAUUCACCUUCCUCGAGAGUACACAUCGCUCCUUUCGCUUACUACCGACUUUCACUGUCACGUUGGCGGUCAUGUGCACAGUGACCCCAGUGUUUGUCUGGUCUGCGGUCAUAUGGCUUGUCUCGUGUGCUAUGGUUGUCGUCUUAUCGAGCCUCAAUCAGAAGCCAGCAUUUCGACAGGUGGCGCAAGACGUGAACUAGUCGUCUAUGACAUGCAGGCACAUUCACGUCGAUGUCACUCUGGCUACAGUUUGACCCUCCGAUUGCAUGAGUGUCGGGUCUACCUUCUAUCUGAUCAAGCUCGACGUCUCACAGAAAUGACCUCACCAUACCGAGACUCCUUUGGCGAAACAGAUCCCGGACUUCGUCGGGGCAACCCACUUUUUCUGGUCGAUACGGAAUACGAACGUUUGAACCAACUGUGGUUGAGUCACCAGUUAGCUUCGAGCACUUCGUCCGAACUCCUCACACCACCAAGUUUGGAAAUGGGCAUGAUCUGAGUUCACAACGCACACCUUCCUCUCACAUCCUUAUCAUCCUUUCCGGUCUUUCUCACUGCACUUUGGGGCUUUCUUCUCUGUGUCAGGUCACUGCGACCGCCAUUGGUAGGCGCCUCAUCUGGUUCACGUGAUUGGCUCGGUUUCGUCAGUCACAUCAAUUACCAGCCCCCCCCCCCCCACAGCUCCUGUUCUAUUCAGGUAUCACUUCUGAGUUCCCCGUUAGACUCCUCCUCCAUCGCUAUCGCACAUCCUCGUGUUGGUCUGUCGUUUACAAUCCUUCCAUUGACCUACCCCAUUGCCCUCAUCUGCCCUACCUGGCACAAGCAGGCUGUUUGUGAAUCCUAUCGGUUAGCCCGUUCUCUGUCGUAGAAACUCCGCCCCCGGUCAUCUCACAACCGAACGUUCUGUACCGAUUUGCUCCUGCUUUCCCUUUGUCAGGUAAUCUGACUUUACCAUGUAGACGAAGGCGUUGACUGUACUAUGUACAUCCAAUAAGCUGUUUUCA